AGCAUGAAAAACUUGAAAUAUCAUGGUACAUUCAAUCAAAAUGCAUAAGUAGCUGAUUUCCCUAAGCGCAAGCCUUCCUGUCACGACAGGUGUUCCAUACGAAGUUCGAUAUAUAGGACAAGACUACCGACCGAGUGUUACUUUUGAGUGUCAACACAUUCAAAUUGUAAACAAAAUGGUGGUACAUGAGCUGAAUUCAACAGAUUAUGCCACUAUGGAAACGGAACUAGAGAAAGAGCUGCCUUACUCCAUCUGUGUCUAUAAUCAUUUCAAAAUGCUGAGGAGAGGUUCGUUGACGGAGAAAGUAGUUUUGGUAGACAAAUGGCCAAAUUUCUCAGCUGUUGUCAUUGUGGAUAGCAAGAAAUUGAAUACUUUGCCAUUCGCUGUGUGUUUCUGCAAACAACCAGACUUCUGUCAAUCUCUGGAGACGUUGCUACGGCAUGCUUUCGAAGCUCUGGCAUCACCUUUAGUCAUUGUUGGCUGUACGACUGUUGUGAUAGAUUCCUUGAUUAACAGUUUUAAAGAUGCAGAAACAUGUCCUGUUAGAGAAGACAGCAGGGUUUUUGUUUUUACACUUCCUCCUAACAAAAUAGUUCCUCUAGAAAUUCCAGAUGGAUUCAAAAUAUCUCUAUUAAAUCAAUCGCAAUCUCAUGUAGAGAAUGUUUGCAAGUCGUGGGAUCCGAAAGGCGAAUAUGACCAAUAUGGAGACCUAGGGUGUUGGAUGAGGUAUCAUAUCUCUAAUUUCCACACCGUCGGUAUCGAGACCGAGGAUGGUCGACUUGUCGCCUGGCAACUUCAACAAGAAUAUGGCGGGAUUGGGAUGUUGUACGUGGAACCUGAAUAUAGGAGAGCAAAUUUAGGAAGCGUUGUCACGAGGACACUCGCUGGAAAACUAGUUAAAGAUGGUCAUUUAGUGUUUGCUUGCGUUGAACAGAAAAACGAGACAUCAAUUAAUUUCCAUAAGAAAAAUGGUUACGUACUUAUGCCUUUCGAAAUGUCUUUUGCAUUUUACAAUUCUUAGUUUUGUAUAGACACAUUUACCCAUAGAUUAUCUAAGGAGACAUAUAUUCAGAAAUGUAGAAAACGAGUAAAUGAAGAUAACAUUGAUGUUAAGGUAAAUGCGAAAUAGUUACGAUCAAAUUUUAUAAACAAUGGUUCUUUUCAUUUUUAUGUGUACAUAAUUCUCAACACAUUGCUCUCAAAUACAACACCAUCCAGUAUUAGUAAUUGUUACUUUCCUUUGUGUCAAUUGAAAAAAAGCAUUCGGUCGACAGGGGAUGCUUGCUCCUCCUAGGCACCUGAUCCCACCUCUGGUGUGUCCAGGGGUCCGUGUUUGCCCAACUGCCUAUUUUGUAUUGCUUGUGGGGGUUGUGGGGUUGGUCACUGUUCGUUAUCUUCGCCUUGCAUUCGAAAACGAAAGCAUAAAAACGAUAAUGUACAUUACAAUUCGCCUUGAUAUGACCAUAGAAUACAUAAAACCAAAGGUAAUACAAUCCUGGCUUCCGAUGGACAAGUAGACCAUUUGUUGGGAAACUUCGCUUACCUCUCUAAACAAGAUAAGCGGAGUGGAUCGUAAAUUUUUGGCUAACGAAGAUUCUCAAAAUAGAAAUGCAGCAUAUUCAACAGUGUGAUUCCGAUAAUAUGCAACCCCGUCAGAGAAAACCUGUUACACCUAUAGAGUUCCAAAUCAUCGGAUAAUCCUUGAUCCAAAGUACAAUGUACAGAAGAGAAUUCAUUGUCGAGAUGGGAAAUUAAUGCAAAAAUAAAACCACCACCAACAACAGAAGAAAUUGAAGCAGUAUAUGAGGUAUUUUUUCAAUGACCGUUUUAAUGCAAAUUUCUAAAUCUUCUUAAUGUUUUAUUUAGUUGAUUUCUAAUACUUUGCAUAGUGCUCAGCAUAAAAAUUUUUUAAAAACUUUGGCGAUUGAUCUAAAUUAUAGAGUUUUAUUUUGAUAAUCUUACUGAUGCAAGGUGAAGAUAACGAACAGUGAUCAAUCUCAUAACUCCUACAAGCAAUACAAAAUAGAUAGUUGGGCAAACACGGACCCCUGGACACACCAGAGGUGGGAUCAGGUGCCUAGGAGGAGUAAGCAUCCCCUGUUGACCGGUCACACCCGCCGUGAGCCCCAUAUCCUGAUCAGGUAAACGGAGUUAUCCGCAGUCAAAAUCAGUGUGCCAAGAACGGCUUAACAAUCGGUAUGAAACACGUCAGACAACAUCUCACCCAAUGUGAGGUUGUAUUGACGAUAUAAGAUAUAAGUUCUUAAUUAUAGAGUUUUAUUUUGAUAAUUUUAUUGAUAUAAGAUCUUAAUUAUAGAGUUUUAUUUUGAUAAUUUUACUGAUAUAAGAUCUUAAUUAUAGUUUUAUUUUGAUAAUUUUACUGAUAUAAGAUCUUAAUUGUGUUUUAUUGUUUUGUUCCUCUUCUUACUCUUGUAAAGCGCCUUAGAGUAAUUUGUUUUAUAUAACUUAAAGGCGCUAUAUAAACUUUAUUGUUAUUAUUAUUAUGCUAUAUUAUUAAUUUUGUAUUUCUUAUAAGAAUAUUGAGAUUGACCAUUGUUCACUAUCUUUACUUUUUAAAUCAAUUAUACAUGCAAGUGUUGUGUAUAUUGCUAUUUGCACUAAAUUCACACCUGUGACCUAGAUUGUUCUUGAGAAUUUAUGUUUAUACUUGUUGUGACACCGGUGACCUAGAUUGUUCUAGACCUCAUGUUAGUUUUAGUAGAAAGAUGACGUAAUGGUUGCAUCAUCAUGACAUGGUCUUUCAAGAUUAUACUAAAAAAUUAAUUCUUAUUAUAAAUACACUGGAAUUCUUUUGAUUAAAAGAAAAAAGCUCUAGUUAAACACUAUGAUUUUGGAAUUACUAUUUUUGCGUGUGUAUAUUCUGUUCGGAUUUAUCGUCGACUACCGUAAGUUAAUAUUUUGCUAUUGUUACAAUUUUCUAUUACUUAUUCAUUGUAAAUAAAUCUUAUCAAUUGUU